AUUUAUACAACACAUUUUGUGUUACAACCAGUAACAACUCUUCUAAGACGUUUAGCUUUCUCAGCUUUAAAUCUUCUCUAAGGAACUUUCCUCAAAAAUUUUUAUUUCAGCCCAGCAAGAUUUACUCUGAUACAAUCAUGGCCAUUCGUCAAAUGCUUAGACGAUCUCUAUCAACCGAAAGAAGAUCAAGUUCAUCAGGAACUCAAGUUCCGAAGGGGCAUUUUGCUGUGUAUGUUGGAGAGAGUGAAAAGAAACGCUUCGUUAUUCCAAUGUCAUACUUAAACCACCCCUCAUUUCAAGAUUUGCUAUGUCAAGCUGAAGAAGAAUUCGGGUUCCAUCAUCCGAUGGGUGGCCUAACCAUUCCUUGCAGUGAGGAUUUAUUCGUAGAUAUAACCUCUAGUUUGGGCAGAAGAUGAUGCACAUAGCAUGUGUUAGAGGAAACCAGUUUUGUAAAUUAGUUGGUGAUAUAGAGGAUAUCUGUCAGGAAAGGAAUUGUAUCCCUGGAUGAAAUUACAGUGCAUGAAUAUAGAUGAUUAUGGGCCAU